CGUUUUUCCACCUACUUCACAUUUUGUUUGGAACCAGGAAGUUGGAGGGUAAGAGGAUAAGAGUAAGGAAGAGGUCUAACCUCUCUGUUGUUUGUUUGGAUAACCAGGCCGCCAAUCUUUGUAGCCACCAUUUUCUUCCUUGCACUGUAUCAGUACCGGUCUUCAUAUCUUCAUCCCUAUAUAAAGAUUUAACCUUUCCAUUCAUUUCUGCAACAAAACCUUUGUCCCAGAAACCCCUUAUCCCGUAAAACCCACCGGUACCAUGGAAAUUGUUGAAGAUAUUGUAAUUGCAGGAGCUGGACUUGCUGGCCUGGCUACAGCCUUGGGACUUCACAGGCAAGGGAUUCGAAGUUUGGUGUUGGAAUCAUCAGAUAGUUUGAGGGCUGCUGGAUUUGCAAUUCUGACAUGGAGCAAUGCCUGGAAGGCCCUGGAUGCUCUUGGGGUAGGAGACACUCUUCGCCUGAAGCAUGAGCGGCUUCAGAGGUUACUUGUUCACUCCUUGGUUUCUGGGGAAGUCGUUUCAGAGUUAGCGUUUAAAGGUCAUGAAGUUCGUUGUUUGAAGAGAAGAUUCUUGAUGGAAGCUUUGGAACAGGAACUCCCAAGAGGCACCAUUAGGUUUGCCUCUAAAGUUGUCGCUAUUGAGGAAUCAGAUCACUUUAAACUGGUGCAUCUAGCUGAUGGAACCAUCAUAAAAACAAAGGUGCUGAUUGGGUGUGACGGAGUUAAUUCAGUGGUGGCAAAAUGGCUUGGUUUGGACACACCUGUUUUUACAGGAAGGUCAGCUAUUAGAGCUUAUGCAGAUGUCAAAGGUGGUCAUGGAUUUGGAUCAAAAUGCCUCCAAAUCUUUGGCAAUGGGGUUCGAACAGGCUUUCUUCCUUGCGAUGACCAAACUGUACAUUGGUUCUUAACUUACACUCCCUCUAUCCAAGAUAAAGACAUGGAGGAGAACCCAACUAAACUGAAGCAAUUUGCAUUAAGCAAGAUUGGAAAUCUGCCUGAUCAAUUGAAAUCCAUUGUAGAAAGUACUCAGUUAGAUAACAUUAUAACAUCUCCAUUGAGAUACAGACGUCCAUGGGGGUUGUUGUGGGGAAAUAUCAGUAAGGGUAAUGUUUGUGUUGCUGGCGAUGCCCUGCACGCCAUGACCCCAGAGAUUGGCCAAGGUGGAUGCUCUGCUCUGGAAGAUAGUGUUGUUCUGGCCAGAUGUCUCGCUGAGGCCUUAUCAAAACCAGGGGAUGAAGAAUGGAAGAGGAUUGAGAAGGGAUUGGAAAAGUAUGCUAAAGAAAGGAGAUGGAGAAGUUUUGAGCUCAUUAGCACAUCUUAUAUGGUUGGCACUAUACAACAGAGUAGUGGGAAGAUAAUGAAUUUCUUGAGAGGUAAAAUUCUGUCCCAAUUCCUAUUUGGGUUGACGCUUGGGAGAGCUGGCUUUGAUUGUGGGAAGCUUAUUGCUUAGUUGAAAUGAAGCAUAUCUCUUUUGUUGAAUGUUUCUCAUGUAAUUUCAGACAUUUGAAUCUUCAGUUUUAGUUUUAAAAAUGCAUUUUGUAAUUGUUUUCUUUAAGUGUUUGUAAUAAUCGAUCCUAUAAAUAAUUUAUUUUAUU